AACGGCUCUGCAACUGGGCCAAUUGAGAUUGACUGGAAUUGUGCCUUUCACAAUCUGCAAGGAGAGCUCGUCGACCGAACAAAUCGAGCCACGCAGGUGAACCUUGUUCGAAAGAUUUGCUCAAGGCUGAGAGCAAUUGCCUCGCCAAGCUUUGAUGUAGUUUCUGAAAAACUUGAAGUUUAAAGGGACCCCCACCCCUGGCCCGUCCAAUUCACAAAUUUUGGUGCCUUUCCGUAAUGGGUGGGGUGUCCCUUGGAAGCCACGUGUCAUGUUGGUUGUCGCAGCCGUAGCUGCCGCCCUUGUCGGGGCUGAGCGCGUCCACGACGUUGUGCGAGACAUCCCUGACUGCGCCGGCGGCGUACUUCGCCUCAAUGGCAAGUACAGGACGACCCCACGGGCGUUUGCUGAGAACUGCACGGUGAUCGGCCAGCCGGGCACCGAAAUCGAGGCCCGCCCGGGCAGUCUGCACUUCCUGCAAGGCGCACGGCUGCAGGGCCACCUACGCUUCAUCGGCGCAGGCGUGCGAUGUGUGGAGGCGGAGGGCUCCCUCGAAUUUGUGAACCCAGACAUUGAAUUUGUGGACUGCGGAGGCAGCGGGGUAGAUGAUGGAGGUGCCUUGUACGUAGAAGAGACGCUGAAGAUCAGCAACGGCAAUGUGAGCUUCCGCAACGGCACCGCUUCUUUUGGAGGCUGCCUUUUUGUCGGCGAUGACCUUUUCAUGGAGGGAGGGCGUAUGAUCUUCCAGGGAUGUCGUGGAGAAGACGGAGGCUCGCUGUAUGUACUGCGCGGCCAUAUCAACCAGUCUGGCGGAUCUCUGAAGUUCGCGGACUCGCAUGCAAUUUUCUCUGGCGGUGCGAUUUUCACCCACUCGAAUUUCCUGCAGACGGGUGGAAACGCGAGCUUUCGGAACUGCAGCGCAGCAUUUUCUGGCGGUGCCAUUUAUGGCUAUGCCCUGGAACAGUGCAACAGAUCCUCGCCGUGUGAAGCUGCCAUGGAUUUUCAGCUGUGCAGAUCCGGAGAUGGCGGGGCAGUGCGGGCGGACUACUUCAUACAAAACCUUGGCACGAGGAUGCAUUUCCAGGAUUGCUCUGCAACAAGAAGCGGCGGUGCACUACACAUCAGCAAGUGGCCUCUCCCGGAAUCCAAGCACAAGGGGAGCAAGGGUUUCAGGAAGAAGUAUGCCCUCGUCAACCCCAGCACGGUGGCUGUUGCUGGGCGAUUUCAUUGCGAAAGGUGCACUGCUGUCCACUCAGGAGGAGGUAUCAAGGCCCUCUUUGUCAAGGCGUCCAGACAUUCGUUCAUGUCCUUCCACAAUUGCAGCGCUGGCAGCGCAGGAGGAAUUUGGGCAGGCCGAUCGUUGUUGCUGUCCGACGGCCGUUCGGAGUUUGUGAACACAACAGCUGCCUACGCAUCUGCUGCGUACUCCUCAACCAUUGCAUUGUUGCGCACGGAGCUCCAUCGCACCACUGCCCCUCAAAUUGUGGCCGAGGAGGUGGCCAAACUGCGAACAGUUACUUUCGUGGAUAACGAUGAGGUCAGGGUGGUGGCACCAGAACUUACCGCAAGCAACGUACGGUGUGGGCCUGGCAUGUCAAGCAAUGUGCAGGAUUUCUCGUUGGAAUGUUCCCGAUGCCAGGCGGGCUACACGCAGACUACGGAUUUGGAGAUCUUCCAGUCCGAAAAUGGCUCCCGUUCCCUGACAAGGCGGUGCCUACUGGGCCCGGACGGUGCUAUUGUGGGGAGCGCUGAGAUCCAGAUGCAUCCUGGGUACAUGGUGGAGCUUUCGAACCUCAGCCGCAGCUUCCUUUGCCCCAACCGCAAUGCCUGCUAUGGCGGGGAGGUGAGGAACGGCUCGUUCCAUAUGUGCGCGAUUGGCUACGAGGGCCGGGGCUGUGCCACCUGCAGCAGCUCGCACGGGCCCUCCGACGGCAAUUUCAACCACUGCCUACGGUGCGCAGCGAAUCCAACUCAGCAGUACACGCAGAUCGCCCAGUUUGUGUUGGAGGACCUCCUGAUCUUUGGCAUGUCAGCGGCUGGUGUGACACACGCGACCGGCAAGACAAAGGAAAGCAGCAUCUUCACCAACCAGUUCAUGUCUUUCGUGGCGGUUGCCUCGCCCGUGCUGCUAGCGGUGAGGGAGUCCGAAAGCUUCCACGAGACCUUGGAAGACCUGGAUGUCUACCUCGGGCACAUGUCUUCUGUGCUAGACAUAGGGGAGCCUUCGGCCAGCGGCAUUUGCACUGCCUGCCUGCUAGGCUAUUUGGGCCUUCCUGUUACUUCCACAUCACGACUCUUCCUGCUGCUUUUGAUUCCCGUUUGCUUGGUCCUGGCAUUGGCGGUGGUGAAGGAUCCAAGAUCGGCACUGGUGGUGGGCGUCAACUGCUUUCUGCCGAAGCUCUGCAUGUGCUUCGGGCAGUACUUGGUUUGCUACCGGAUGGAGCCUGAGCAUCUGGGAGGAGAGCUGGUUUGUGAAUAUGCCAAGGCGCACCUCUCGCCUUGGAUUCUGCUGGGCAUUGUGGCGGCGAUGUCCUUUGCUGGACCUGCCUUGUGGGCGAUGCUGAUCAGGGACAAAGCCAACAGCGACUCCCACUUUUUUCUCUACUUGACAGCCCCUUACAAGGAUGAGUUCAAGUGGUGGGAAGUGACGCGCUUGGUGCGCAAGACGCUGUUGGCGAUCCUUUGCGCUGUGUUUCCCAUUACACUUCACCCAUUGACGCAAAUCACCGGCAUCAGCUUGGUGAUGCUGGUUACACUGGUCUUGGAGAUAGAAGUUCAACCCUACAAACACGAGAUGUGGAAUCGGUCAGAGCGGUUCCUCUCGAUGACAAGCAUGUUCAUGGUGAUCAUCGCUUUGUACCACCGGGCCGCAGAGAAUGUUUCCCUGGGGAAGGGCUUGAUGCUGGUGGUCGCCUCUUGGCCAAAUCUCCCUCACCAUCGUGCCGUCAUAUGUCCAGCUGUCCCGGAUCCUCGUGGAGCUUGUGCGGGAACGUGCCGGACAGACACAGACCUGACGGACCUUUGCUGGUAGCCAGUUGAGCAAAAAAACCGGAGC